CCGUGUCGCGCAUCACAUCUGUGUUGCAUUCACAGCGGGGAGCAGAUAUGGUUCGGUUGCCCGUCACGUUCGUCGUAGUCCUCUUGGCAUAUCUGGAAUUCUCGACAACUCCUGUCAGUGGCAACAUACCUUGCGGCAUCCAUGUGUAUAUAGACUGGAUCAGUCGCCUCGUUUCUGGAGGACGCUGUCUCGACUACAGGCGGAUCACGUAUAACGACAAGUUGGUGAGCUGCAGUUAUAUGUGCAAUCCUGCGAAGUACCUUUCAUGCUACCUCUAUGAGGGUAAAGGAUCAUCUUGUUUGAUAUUCGACCCUCCUUCUUACGGCAUAUGCUUCGGAGGAGAAUGUUAUCAAAAGCCAGACUAUGAGCAAUUCAGCAAGGGAAAGGAGCUGGAAACAACUUCACGUUGCGGGGUAGGCUAUGACUAUUUAUACAACGAGCACGGACUUUUCGGCUGCAAACAUUACUGCGGCAGCGAUAGGAGCCAGGCUAACCGUCCGGACGGAAUAAAGUGCCUGGUGCCACGGGCUGCCCGGAUGGGAGUGUGUAAUGGUUAUGGCUACUGUGUGGAUAAACUAUAGGUGAUGGCUCAAAGCCAGUAAAUAAAAGAUAACCACUUGAUU